UUUGAAGCAGAAAGGCGGCUUUAGAAUCUGAAGUCUGGGUCAUUCAUUGAUUGCAGCCAUAUUUUGAGCUUCAUAGGCAAUGUCUUUGAAAGGAUUCACCGAACAAUGAUACACCAUAUAUAGACACAUAUUACGGAUUAAAAUAAAGAUUGAAGAUGUUUAAUUUCAAGAAAAAGGACAAAGAGCGAGACAAAGCUGAUCGGGAGGAGAAGGAACGCAAAAAGAAAGAAAAGAAAGAGAAAAAGGAGAAAAGGAGGGACCCGAUUACAGAGGAUGAAUUAAAUCGAUUAGAGGAGGCAAAGAAAGGGUUGUUUGGGCGGAAAUGGUCCUUUGGGGAGAAGGAUAAACAUAAGGAUCCUAAGUUUAUUGGGAAUAAUAGUAAUAGUAGUCCGAAGCUAAAGCAAAGGGAUGGGGCUGCAUUGAUGCAUAGUGCUAGUGAUAGCAGUGAGGCGAGUUUAGCUUCUAUUGGAAGCAAGUCUAGCGUUCCGGAUGGUGAGUCACAGUUUUCCAGUAAGCAACAGAUGCAGUUGACUCGAAAGGAGUCCAAGGAUAGGCGCUCUCGACCGAAGAAGGGUAUCUUGAAAGGGAUGUCGAAUUAUGGCCCUCCUGUUCCUAAUCAGGGUGUCACUGGUAACUUGGAUGACACUGAAGCGCUGCAGUUAAACACAUUGGCCAAUGAAAUGAUGACUGCGGAGGAGCAAGCGGCUGCUGCUGCUCAGGCUGAAGCAGACGCGAUGAAACCUGGUAUUUCCAUCACAAUAUCUCCAUCGUUAGAGGAAAAUGUUUACGAGACACCAAUACAACACAGCAAGCUCCUUGGGGGUGAUUAUGAGGGUCUCAGCUCGAUAGACAAAACUUACGGCCUUGACUAUGAUCUAGAACUGCCUCCACUUGCACCACCGAGGGCACUCCGAGCACGUGAACUUUUCCUGAAACGACAGCCGACUGGUGACUUUGGGUUUACUUUACGCCGUGGUACAGUGUUAGAGCGUAGCAUCACAGAUGCUGUAGAAAGAAAGCGGACAGUGAUCUUUGCUGAGCCUGGUAGUGGGCCUCGGUCGGCACAAACACCUCUUCUGCCUGGUGACCGUUUGAUACAGGUCAAUGGUGUGAACGUCGAGGAUAAAUCACGAGAAGAGAUUAUUGAAUAUAUUCGUGCAUCGGGUGACCAGGUGAUACUUGUCGUACAGCCAAUUCCGGAGCUAAGCGAGUUAAGUAUGCGUUCGGGAGUAGAUGGCGCUGAUGUUCCACUAGAUGAAGAGCACCUUCAGGCUGGGAGCUUACGGAGGAGUGGAAGUAUGCGUUAUAAGAAGAAAGAUGCAAAGACAGAAGAUGAGCUUGAAAGCGAGAAAGCUUGGCUGGAUGCUGAACAAGUCUGGCUCGUCCAUAAGGGUGGUUAUGCAGCGGCACGUGUCCUCAAGUCGACAGACAUUGCAUCGUUGGCCGAGGGGCGGUGUAAGGUUCGGCUUGACCAUGGAGGCGAGGUCCUUGAGGUGGAUGAGGAGGAUGUGGAGAGGCGUAACCCUCCCCAGUUUGACAGCUCAGAAGACCUCGCUGCCCUGCGUAAUGUGAAUGAGUGCAGCUCUCUGCACACCCUGCGACAGCGGUACCGGAGUAACCUUAUCCACACUAACGCGGGACCCGCCAUCAUCAUCGUCAACCCGAUGCACUCUAUGUCCAUUUACUCUGAAAAGGUUGUGCAGAUGUUCCGAGGCUGCAAGCAGGAGGACAUGCCACCACACAUCUACGCCACGGCUCAGACGACCUACCGGUCCAUGCUCACACAAAGAUACGACCAAUCCAUUGUGUUCAUGGGACGAAGUGGAGCUGGCAAGACGACCAACGCUCGCCAUGUUCUCAACUUCUUGGUUGCUGCAGCUGGGAGUGCCCAUAAAGUUGUCACUUUGGAGAAGCUUCACGCAUCCUUCAUUCUUCUAGAAGCGUUUGGUCACUCGAGGACAGUCAUGAACACAAAUGCGUCAAGGUUCACUCAGAUCUAUAAUGUUGAAUUUGACAAUGGUGGCAACAUUGCCAGCAUGAGUCUUCAGGUGCUAAUGUUAGAGAAAACACGUAUUGUAAGACGACCAGAGGGUGAACCAUCAUUCCAUGUGUUUUACCAGAUGCUGGCUGGCCUAGAUCCACAACUGAGGAAGGAGCUUCAGCUGCAACAGAAUGAAGAGAACCUCUUCAUGACUGCUCUUCAAAGGCCUGAGGAUAAAACAAAAGCAGCACUUAACUGGGCGAAGAUCCACGCAUCUUUCCAGGCUAUUGGGGCGACCAGUAAUGAAAUUCGGGCCAUCUUUUCUGUUCUUGCUGUCAUCUAUCACCUUGGAGUAGCUGGAGCAACCACAGGCACAAAUAUGAAGGGUCAGUUCAAGAACCCUCAAGCUGCCCAGAGAGCUGCAACACUUCUUGGAGUGGAGGUUGCGGAGCUGGCAAGAUCUAUCUUCAAUCUGGAUGUGACCAAGUCUUCAAGAACAUUAAGGCCAAGUGCAGCAUCACCAAACAAGCCUGACGCUGCAGACAGUAGCCUCUCCCCACACGAGAUGCUCGAGGGCUUCCUCUCCGGUCUCUACACCGAAACCUUCAAUGCCGUCGUGUCAUUGAUGAAUCGUAGCACCUCUUCCAAUAUCCACGCAACACGCACAAUAUAUGUCGUCGACACCCCUGGGCUCCAGACUCCUUCAAUGUGUGGACGAGAGACGGGUGCAACAUUCGAAGAUCUCUGCCAUAACUAUACUCAGGAGAGGAUGCAGCUGUUAUUUAGUGAUUCCACCAUCAGGCUGCCGCAGGACAGAUAUGCACAGGAAAACAUAGAAUGUGAUGUGGAGCCAUCAACUCCCACUCCAGCCCCCAUGGUUGCCUUGAUUGACAGGCAGGGUACUUCAUCUACGCUGCAGGGCAAAGAAAAGGAACGAAUAACAGAAAGCAGCACCAAUCUUUCAAAGGUGCGAGCUAAUGCUGAUACAAAGGAGGAGAAGGGUCUGUUGUGGUUGCUGGAUGAGGAGGCCAUCUUCCCUGGUGCUAGCGAUGAAUCGUUUGUCGAGAGGCUCUUCCUCAACCAUGGGGCCAGCCACGAGAGAAAGAGCAGCCUGAUCCGCAGGAAUGCCGAUCCACACAUGUUUACCUUGAAUCACCUGCAAGGAACAUGUCCGAUCAAGUACAGUGCCAAGGGCUGGUUGAAGGCCUGUCGGGAGAACCCUGUCAGUCGUAACGUAUUGGCUUUUCUCCAAGAGUCACCCAUGCCAUAUGUCAGCGAGCUGUACAGUACUCUCCGUGGUCCGAUGACUUCAACGUUUAGCGGUUCCAUCGCUGGUAUGAUAGAUGGGUCAUCCUCGCUCAAGAGGACGUCAAGUCUUCGUCGCUCGUUCGUCAGUGGUGCUGCCAGUCUUAAACGACGAUCCGUCGGUGUUCAAGUAAAAUAUACUCUGGAUUCGAUCAUGGACCAACUUCGCCGAACCAAAGUGCACUUCAUUCAGUGUAUCCUUCCACAACCAAACGCUGGACUCUGUGAUCUAAAGGGUUCCAUCCUGUCUCCAGGCAAAGCUCAGCCUAUGGAGGAUCUGAUGAUCAAUGUUCCUCUUGUCCGUCUUCAGCUGAGGGGUGCGCAAAUACUUGAUGCUGUCAGGAUGCAUAGACAAGGUUAUCCUGAUUACAUGUUGUUCCUUGAGUUCCAUCGCCGAUACGAGAUGCUGUCCUCGACGCCCUUGAAACAUGCUGGUCAGGUCCUUGAUGAGAGACAUGCUGUAGAACAGUUACUGAACAUCCUUGAGGUUGAGACGAGUUCCUUUAGAAUAGGCUUAAGUCAGGUAUUCUUUAGAUCGGGUGUGCUGUCACAACUCGAUGAUGCAAGAGAAGACAAGAUAUCUGGGACCAUCCUCAAGUUCCAGGCCUACUGUCGUGGGUACAUCGAGAGACAGAACCUCAAGAAACGCAAGGUUCAGAAUCUUGCCGUCAAGUGCAUCCAAAGAAAUGUGCGCAAGUUCCUCUACAUCCAGUCGUGGCCUUGGUGGAGAUUGUAUACCAAAGUAUUGCCGAUCCUGAAUGUGCAUCGGACAGAGGAGGAGCUCAAAGACAGAGCGGUGGAGCUGGAGCAGCUGAUGCUGAAGUUGGAGAAGCUUGAAAAAGAGAGGAAUGAUUAUAAGCACUCAUGUGAUAAACUAGAGGAUAAGUUGGCGGAGAUCUCAGCUGAUUUCCUUGAGGAGAAUACGACAUCGCACCAAGCUGCUGAGAUGUUAGAAGUCGAACAGGCAGAAAGGAUGCGAUUAGAGAAAGAAUUGAGAGAUGUACAGUCGCGGCAGGCAGGCCUACAGCGGAAGAAUGAACAACUUGAGAUGGAGGUGAUGCAGGCUCGGCUCUGGCAAAGUGCAAUGGAUGGGGAGGUGGACGACGAUGACGGAGAUAGUGAUGUUUACAAACAGAGGUAUGACCGUGCCAAGCGAGAGCUGGAGUUCACCAAGAAGAAGAUGCAGCAGGAACAUGAGGAGAAGAUCGAACAAGAGCAUUCCAUUAAAAAACAAGUUGAACGAAAGCUGCUGGAGGCGUUAGAGGAAGCUGAUGAACAGAAAAGAAUUGGUGCCAGUCAGAAGCGGAAGUCGCUGAAGUUAAACGCUGACCUGCAGGACAUGAGGUUGCAUCUUGAGGAACAGAUCAGUCGGAAUGCAGACUUAGAAAAGAAACAGAGGAAGUUUGAUGCUGAAUUAGCGCGACAACGGGACGAGGCUGGUACGGAACACAGCCAGCGGGUGUCGCUAGAACGUGAACGGGACCAGCUGAUCGCCGAGAACUUCUCAUUAAAACAACAAAUCGAUCAUUUACAGAGUGAGUUAGACUCGCAGGGAGAUCAGCUGCAUCGGCUACAAAAUGAACUCCGCGACCUUGAGGACGUUGGCAGCAAGGACGACAAGGAGGUCAUGGCCUUGAAACGUACCAAAUAUGACCUUGAAAUAAAAUGUGCGGACCAAGAGGAGGAAUUGGAUGAGCAGGCGGGACAGAUACAGCAAUUAGGACAGGCAAAGCUUCGGUUAGAAAUGACGUCUGAAAAGCAGCGGCAGCAGCACCAAAAGGACCUCGAGGACAAAGAUACAGAAAUUGAGGAUAUGAGAUAUAGUACACAAAAAAGAGUUAAACAGUUAGAAAUGCAGAUUGAGGAUGAGUAUGAAGAAAAACAGAGGGCGCUGAAAGAAAAGAGGGAACUUGAACGCCAACUCAACGACUUCAACACGAGGACACCCAUCAGGGACAGAGAUGCGGAGAAGGGUUUGCGGCGAGAUCUCAAGCGAACAAAAGCGUUAUUGCGAGAUGCUCAGAAAAUGUUGGAAAGACAGAGGGAUCCUGCUGGUACCAGGAAUUCUAUAAAACAGCUCAGAAAUCAGUUAGAGGAUGCUAACUUUGCCACAGCCGCUGCCGUCAAAGCCAGGAAGUCUAUGGAACUCGAAGUCCAGGAAAUCCAGCAACAACUGGAUGUCAUCUCCAGGAGCAAACAGGAGGCUGAAGAAAAAGGCUCUGCUUUAGCACGAGAAAAGAACGAGAUAGAAAGUCGGUUAGAAGACCACGAUGAAGAAUAUGCAGAACUCAUGAAAAAAUACAAGGCGGUUGUACAACAGCAAUCUGCCGACAACAUUACUAUAUCUGACCAGUGCCAACAGAUCAUGGACCUCCAUAGUGAAAAACAAACCUUGCAUGAACAGGUGAUGCAAUUACAAACGCGGGUAGAUUAUAUGACACAGGAGUUCACAGAUAAACAAGCAUUACUCAGGAACGAAGCAAAAAUUCGGGAGCUGGACUCCAAGGUUGACUUGGAGAGGACUGUAAGACAGCGGUUAGAGGUUCAACACGAGAGGUUAAAAGACCAGUCUGAUCGGUUAAAUACCGAGCGGGACGACGCAAUCUCUAAGGAACAAAGGUCACAGGAGCUGAACAAACGAACUCAGCGACAACUUCGAGAUCUUCGAGAUGAGUUCGAUGAUGCGCAGAGAAAGGAAGCAGAAACUAGUCAAAAGAAACAUGAAAUAGAGAUGCGACUAGAGACGCUAGAAUCAGACUUUGAACAGAGUCAGUCUGAUUUAAAGUUGGCAUUUAAACGAAUAGCAGACCUGCAGGCAGCUCUAGAAGAAGACAUGGAUUCUGAUGAUGAUGAAAAUGGCAUCGGAAUUGAUCUUUCGGACAGUGAUUCAGACACAGACGUAGAAUUUGCAUCGAGUCAUAGUAACUUAAUGAAUCAUAUGCGCAACUCUGUUAGUACCACAGGCAGUCAUGGCAGUUUGGACGACUUUUCUUCUCCAAAGUCGUAUUCUAGUGCUAGGGACACGAGUCUUUCACCAGAUUGCUAACAGGAACCAAAUUACAGAGAUCACAAUCUGUUCGAAGGUGUCCUUCGUCCUUGUCAGUCGGAGCAAAGAAAAGAUCGGCCAUAUGCCGCAGAUCGUCCACAGGCUCCAGUCUACUUGGCAUACGGACUUGUGGAGCAUAUCGUAAACUCACCCCUAACUAGGAAAAGCACAUUUGAAAGAGAUACUCUUUCGUUGUUUCUAAUCAUGAGGUUAUUUUUGUACUUUUGCUAAUUGGGGCAGCUGAGUACAAUUAGCAAUACUCUUGGGCUAUUCACCUACAUAUUGGUGUGCAUGAGGAGCGAUAACUGUAGCGAAUGUCUAUUAACAUUACUGCACAGAGAGUGUCACGCAAAACAGACCAGGAAAACAUCUCGUCUAAUAUUCUGUCCUGUCUUUGGGCGGACAUUUCGAAGCUCUGCUUUGUUUGGCUUGUGUCUGGAUUUGAUUAUUGCCUGCAAAACAGUGCUUGCACAUCUAGAGAUAUGGGACUAAUCUUGUCUUUAAUCAACAUCGUCAGAGGUCAGGCUAGGUCUUCUGACUAUAAAAUAGGAUUUUCUAAAUUAGUGUGCUUCCUUUGUAUUCAUGAGUGAAUGAAUACAUGAAUAAGAGCUUCAGAUUUGUAUUGCUCUUUUAUAGAACUAUAACCAAGAUAUAUUUGGAGGGUAUUGCUACUUGUCGGGGCAUGGCAGUAGAUAAAUGUCUCCUGUGUUUCGGGUCAAGUAGAACAAGCAUACCUAGGUCCAUAUGAUGAGGUGCCUGGUGGCUAGCAUAUCAUGCAUUGUAUAUUAUCUUCUACAUUGUACUUAAAACAAGUUUGAUAUUCAUAUGUCAGAGGAUGUACUUGACUGCAAAUGAGCUUAAUGCAAGCUUGGUAAGACUAAAAGUGCAAUGAACUUAACUUCACAUUUCGCUGGAAUAACAAGGGAUCCAAAUUAACUGUGUUUGAUGCUGUUGGCAUUAUUUAGGGGAGGGAAGUGUUUGGCAUAGAACCAUAAAUAAUGUGAUAAAAGUUUAAAUCUAUAGUACCAGAGCUUUUGAUCCAUCUGAAGGUUGGGCCACUUCGAAAUCUUUCAAGGCUCUAUAUUGUAUGCAUGCCUCAAACUAUCCCAGUGACUAAAACAGAACUUACUCAAGCGCCCCUCCUGACUAUUCAGCCAUCAACCCAACAAUGGAGAUUUCUUAGUGGCUCUUCUUGGGUCGCUAAGAUCCCAGUCCUUACUGUGGAAGACUGAGGUUGUGAUGACAAAACCAGUGUCCACACAAUAAGUGCCAUUCUGAACUUCUAAUAAGUAUGUAUAUGUUGCUUUUUAUGUUGAUUAUAGCAUGGUCUGUUUAAUGUAGAAAAAUGGUAUCCAUGCUUUGUAAAAUUGACUGGUUUGCCUGGGAUUCCACAGUGGAUUUACGGUGCAUUCAAAUGUUCAUUCUUUUUAUUACUUUGACUAAAGCCAUUCAAUUUGCAUUAUUUUGAACGGUGCAUUUUUGCUCUCCACAUGGCUAGGUAAUGUGUUUCAUAUCUACUCUUCCUUUGUCUCUGUUACACUUCAGUUGUGUCAGUCUAAAUUCAUUAAGUUAAUAGUCUUGUUGAGUAUCAAAACUUGAAUCUGUCCAAAACUAGAAUAUGGUUGUUUUGAUCUAUUAAGUUUUUGUCCCCUGUUGAAAAAAGUUUUUUAUUUGAUACUUCCAUUUAGUCUUUCACUGCAAUCUUCUCCACACUGGCCGGAUCAUAUGGCCGACCAGAUAUUUGACAUUUUAAGGCCUUUGUCCAGAUAUUUGCACAGAUAUAUGAGGGACACAAACAGUAACAGAUAACACUGGCUUCCCACAGUGCAUACAUGUAUGACCAGUGUGUUCCGAACCAAGACUUACUUGAAAUGAGGCAAGUGGGUCAGAAAGAUUUUGAGACAUGUUUUCUUAGAUUUAUCUUUCAAUUGUUUUUAUUUGGCUUAAGCAGUCUUUCUUGAAAUAUCAGAACAGGGAAAGUUCCAGAAAAUAGUGUUGAUAUAUCUAGCCAAUGCAAGGCUUAUACUUAAAGUGCACAUAAUCAUGACUAUAAACAUAAAGCUAAUUAAUUGCUGAUAGAUUUAUUGGCAGUAUGUCCAGUUAUUCCAGAUUUGGCUGUUGUGUUUCCUGGGGAAGUCAUUAAUCAGAAUAACUCUUUGCUUGAAUGUUAAUUUUCCGAUAUAAAUGUGUUAAAAUCAGUGCCAAGUCUGAUAACCUGUACUUGCUGGUAUCUUGAAUGCGUUGAUCACAUUUAAAACUGCAUUGCACACCUUCAAAGGACAAUCAUUGAUGAACAUAUGCCUGCUGGUGUGUUCAAUUUGAGGUAGUUAAACCAACUGAAAUUUAAAUGGAUGUGUACCACCACAAUAGAAGCUGCCAUGUAAUACUAAUAGACUGAUCAGUCAAGUUCCAUGAUAGUUUAAAGAGGGUGUUCUUUAUAUAAAACCAUAGGUUGUGUCACAGAAAUUAUGAUUUGUCUCGGGGUGAUACAAACAUUUUCAUUCAAACCAAAAUGAUAGAAUUGACUUGUGAUCAUGUGAUGAUGCUGAGAUAAAUAUGCCUUCCGAUGUAACUGCAGAAUUUAGAAUAAUACGGGGUAGUAUGUAGGUUAACCAUAAAAGGAACGUAGAAUGGUCAUUUUAUCACACAGUAUUGUACAUGUUAUCUGGGUUUGAAUGAGCCAUUUUGUAUAAAUAUUCACUUCACCACUUUUAAAAUGUGUAAUUUAAUGGAUACAAUGUAAUUGCAAGAUAUGAAUAAAUAUCAUUUACAUGUA